CCGCCCCUUCGAGGGCAGCGAGGCCGCCGGAGAGACCCGGCUCGGGCCAGCCCCCACUCCUCCUCCCCGCUCCCUCUUUUUCCGGUCCGCGCUGGGUUCGUCGCCGGCAAGGCCGCGUGCGCGCAUGCUCCGUCGGCGGGAAGGGGGCCACUUGCGACGGGAGCAGCCGGAGGAGGAGCAGCAGCAGCAGGAGAGCAAAGUCGAGGCGGGCAUGCAAAGUUAACCGCGGGAGCGGCAGGUAGCCGAGCAGCGGCCCCAGCGCAGCCCGCCUCUCCUUAACUCGCUCGUUCGCCCUCGACGGCGCAUCGCCUGCCUCCAGCAGCGCCGCCCCAGCCCUGCAGCGCCAUGGUGUUGGACAGCUUGGCUCGCAUCAUUAAAGUGCAGCUCCCCGCCUACCUGAAGCGCCUCCCGCUGCCCGAGAGCGUCGGCGGCUUCCUCAGGCUGACAGUUUCAGAAUGGCUGCGGUUAUUGCCUUUCCUGGGUGUCCUUGCUCUGCUUGGAUACCUUGCUAUUCGUCCAUUCCUCCCCAAGAAGAAGCAGCAGAAGGAUAGCUUGAUCAAUCUCAAGAUCCAGAAGGAGAACCCCAAAGUAGUGAACGAAAUCAACAUUGAGGACCUUUGUCUCACAAAGGCCGUGUACUGCAGGUGCUGGCGCUCAAAAACGUUCCCUGUCUGUGAUGGUUCCCACAAGAAGCACAAUGAGUCGACAGGAGAUAAUGUGGGCCCAUUAAUACUCAAGAAGAAAGAAGUCUAGCAAGGCCCCCCCCCCAACUAAGCCACGACUGACGGGAAGUCCACUUAAUACCCACGUGGUAGUGCUCUCAGUCUAAUUGUUACCGUAGACUUGAGCUUUGAUAUCUCUUUAGGUUACCUUAGUUUUAUAGACUGUGAUAGACAUGUGAUGAUAUUUUUUGUAUGGUCUCAAAAGCCAUGGCCAACUUAACGAUGAACGGUCCCCGUAAACAUCUUUGUACAUGCCUUUUUACUCUCGUAACAAAAUGAUCGCUCCCAGAGUUGCAAUUUAACCAGUAAUAAAAUGUUAAGGUGAUUCUUCAAGAGCCACAUAUGUACCCUUUCUCUGCUUAAAGUAAGCACAUCUACACUACAGAUUUAAAUGUGUCUGAAACUAGCUUAACUGUUGUGACUUCCACAAAAGAAUUCUGGGAACGGAAGUUUUAUCUUGAUCCUGUUGACAUUUCGUUUUUGUUUCACCAUCCUUUUUUUAACCACUGUGGUCCUUCCGCAAGUGAAGACGGCCUUGCCUAUGGCAUACCUGGUUUGAGGAGUAUGGCAAAGGUUAAUAAGCCCAGUUGAAAAUAAUUAAAUCUAAGAACAAUGUAAUUGCUGUCACAGUCCAUUUAACGGCUGAUAUUGGAUGAAAGGUGGUGUUUCUUUCCUAUACUGUAUAAGCAACGAUGACUAAGGCUUCUGCUCGCAACAAACAAAAAACCCAAUUUGUCUGAAACAAGAUAAGUGCCUUAUACUCUUAUUUAAGUUUGAAUAGUCCCAUCUAUGCCACACUCAAGAAUCAUUUUCCCCAAGAGACUCAUGUUGUUCUGAUUUCCCUGUACACCUCAACACACACUUAAUUCCUAAUUCCAUGCACAACCAUAUAAUGUUAUAACAGUCAUGAUCUGAAUGUUUUAUCCUCUGUUUAUGCUGUGGAAAACAUCUACUGCCCCAAUGCCAAAGCAGUAUUAGCAAUUAGUAGUGGCUUUCUGGACCUAGUUAGAUACACACGGUUUAUGACAAAAAGGCUGUGAUAGAAGCAUCUUUGGCUAACAUAUUGCCUAUAUGAGAAAAUAAAUGGCAAAGUAAAUUCAUCUCUGCCACCAACUUGCUCCCAGAUAUUCCUACUGUGGACAGAAAGUAGAUUUCUAUUGAACCCCUCUGUUUUGCCUGUUACUUAUCUAGUACAUAGGUUGGUUUGUGAAACUGACUGUGCCUUUUAUAUCUGGUGCCCUAGUCCUCCCAUUAGUGCCAAAAGUCCUCCCAUAUUUUCUUCUGCAUUACUCUGAAAUAUUACAAGACAACUGCUCUUGGAAGUGUAGCAUGGUUUGUCAGCUUCCUUUCGGAAGAAAACAAACAAAUUGCUAGUUUUUGUUUUUUGUUUCUUUUAAAAACCACAACCACACAAUGGUAUAUUCUUCAUUGUGACCAACCUGGUUUUAGGUAAGUAAUUUAUGGAUUUUUCUAUAUUACUUUCCGCCAUGGAGGCCAAAGUUCUUUCCAGUGAUGUACAUGCAUGCACACAGACCUACACUUUCUCCACGGCGGGGAGAAACUUUGGCCAGAUGAUUAGGCAAACGAGCCCUUAAUUACAACUAAUGUUUGUUGGAUUGGGGGAAAGGUGGGGGGAGUCCCUGCCUCCCACACUUCCCACUACAGAUAACACAGGUCUGGCUCAUAUUAUGCAGACGAGGAAAAAGCUACCGCAUUUCUCAACUUCUGCUUUCAGUUUGUUUUCUUCCUUUUUCAGCAGAAAACUCUUGCCAGAGCCGGGCAACGCAUGGGUGUGGGGAGAGGCUCAGGGACCACAGCAGCUUACAGCACUUUCAGAUCUAGCACUAGGGGAUUACUUGUCUUCUUAUGACUGGCCCCGUGCCUGUUCUGGAAGCAGGAUGCCCAUUCAUGCCUGCAUCCCAAUAUACACAUUUGACUGGUGGAGCUCCCAUAGAACUGCACUUGCUACGGUGCAAUCUUACUUCCUAAGAUUGAACUCAGGUUGGGGCGCAGCCUCUGAAUGUCUGGGGAGAGAAGCUAGCUGUGCCCUGUGCCAAUUAGCUGGGUUUCUGUUAUUUUAUUAUUACAUGUGUUACAUUUUCUCUUAAGGAAUUCUUAAGGAAUACAUGAAUUCCUCAUUUUAUCCUCACAGCAACCCUGUGAAGUAGUUUGGACUGAGAGACAAUAACUGGCCCAAGCUUCCUGGCUCAGUGGGGAUUUGAACCCCCGUCUCCCAGGUCCUAAUCCCAACACAUUAACCACUACGCCACCCUUGUCACAAACUCGCUUCUCUAGGAGCGGUUCUACUGUGCGCUAAAACUGAGCGUGCUCCAUGAGAAACAGAAAAGCGAGCAAAAAAUUAAGGUGCCAAAUAGAUUGAAUGGGGUAAACGUGCAAGCAACACUGCUACUCCCCCCCCCAAAAAAGAAGUGUUUGGGUGGUGGGGAGGAGCAAGACAGACAAUAAGCAAUUUUCUUUUAAAUACAGUGGUACCUCUGGUUACAAACUUCAUUUGUUCCGGAGGUCUGUUCUAAACCCGAAACCGUUCUUAACCUGAGGUGCGCUUUUGCUAAUGGGGCCUCCCGCUGCUGCCAUCGCGCAAUUUCCAUUUGCAUCCUGGGGCGAAAUUCUCAACCUGAGGUUCUACUUGCGGGUUAGUGGAAUUUGUAACCCGAAGCGUUUGUAACCCGAGGUACCACUGUAUAUCUGCCAAGAGAAUUGCAAAAACAAGGAAAGCCAGACUCCCUACAUGAGAACAAAAAGCACCGUGACACCCCGCCUUUUUUUAGCAAAUCUCUGCAUGCGUCCUGGUAAGAUGGGGCUCUGGAUUCACUGUUAUUUAUUGUUUGACGUGAUAAAUCAUGGGAUUUGAACCAUGAUCUAGUUGAGAUAGCUCAGUUAGUAGAGCACUGGACUCCCAACCUCAGGGUCAUGGGUUCGAGCCCCAUGUUGGGCAAAAGAUUCCUGCAUUGCAGGGGGUUGGACUAGAUGAUCCUCAGGAUCCUACCCGAUUCUACAAUUCAGUGAUUCUCUGAACCUUCCAUAAGCAAACAGGGAGAUAAAAUAGAUGCUCACCACACUUGGAACAUGAAGAUAAUUUCCCUCACUACCACCCGAAUGAAGCAGCUCAGUGCUAACUUGUGUUGUUUUUGAAAUCUGAUCUGGAGAAAACUAGAACAGGCCUCUCCUUUCCUGUGGAUGAAACCCUGGUAGCCUGAGGUGCAGGCUCUGAUUUCAGUUUAAGAUUUCUUGUGAAGUGCUUAGCAUCUCACCUACAUACCUUGCCUGAUCCUUUUGAUAUAUAUUUAGGCAGCUUGCCGAUGUGGAAUUGUGUCUAAACUUUUGUUGGGUUCGGUUUUAAUUUCACUGUAAUUGCUACAGAGAAUUCAAAGGAUGCGAUGGUGCACAACCAACGUGUGUGUGCAAGAGACAGACCUGGAAAG